UCGCAACAUCUAAUUUCUUGAUAUUUUUCUAAAGUAUUAAAAUAACAACCUUUGGGAGAUCACGCCAAGCCUUUUAAUCUCCUAGCUUUAAAACGCUGACAAGAACUUGGAGAAAUGUUCUCUGCGUUUCGUUAGAAUAGUUACGAUCUACCGUGACAGUUGAUUCCAGCUUGAUUACUCAAGGUAUCGGGGACUGUUUACCCGAAGAUCUUAGGCUUUUUUUCUUUUUUUGUCCUGUUCUAUAACCUUAGCGUGCUUAAAAUUAGAUUUUGCAUACAUUGAGCAAAGUUAAAUGCUGCGAGUAUUUAUUUUGCUAAUGUGCCUACCCGCAGUACCAGUCAGCUGUGUCUUUGCUCCCAGCCAUACUCCACCUCAUUACAGACACCUAUUACGCUGCUUCCGCAUACAGUAAUGAGCCUUCCUGCAGCCCGGUCUUCGGCGCUGAAUUUGGUUUAAGAGUGUAGCACGUCUUUAUGGACUACUGGCUCUGCCUCCUCUCCCCCUUUCAGAUGGCUCAGCCAGUAAAGAAAAUGCUAAUUGAACCCCGCCAAUAAUUUUUUUAAAGGCGUGUAUAAAUUAACCUGGAAAUAACGGCCUCGUGGAGGCCAGCUGCCUGGCCUCAAAAAAUAUUUUUGUUUUCUUUUCCAGGAGAGGGACUAAAUGUUUUUGACAGGAUGUUUCUUUAAAAAAUAGAUUUCUCUACUAAAACCAGUGCCAGAUUAUUCUUUUUUCCAAAACCCAAAAAGAAGAAACACGGAGAGGUCUCAGCAGACACGUUGGUUGACGUGACAACGGCCACUUGUUUCCGGGGACACAGGACACAAACUUGAGGACGUUUUGCUCUCCUCCUCCGCCCAGCACGAUUACAAAGAGCUGAUUGGCAACUGUCAUUUGUGUCUGUUCCAACCGAUGGGUGGCUGUCGCUCCAUCUCCGUCCCCGGGGACGGGGCCGACGACGGGGACAGCGGGAGCGAGGGCAGAAGCGGGAGCGAGGACACCAACGUCUGCGAGAAGUGCUGUGCGGAGUUCUUCAAGUGGACGGACUUCCUGGAGCACAAGAAGAGCUGCACCAAGAACCCGCUCGUGCUGAUCGUGAAUGAGGAUGAGCCGGCACCGCCCUCCGAGGAGUUUCCGGAACCUUCCCCGGCCAGCUCUCCCAGCGACCGGACGGAGAGCGAGGCCGCGGAGGACCCGGCCCCCCCAGAGAACGGCGAGGGCGGUGAGGGGAGGGCCCCGGAGAAGGAGGAGGAGCCCAUGGAAGCCGAGCCCUCUGGGGACAAGGGCUUCCCGAACCCGGGCCCCUCGCGCGCAGGGAAGCAGCCUCUACCUCAGAUCCCCGAGCCAGCGCCGGUGGCCGCGUACAGCAUGCCCAACACCAACGUGACGCUGGAGACCCUCCUGAGCACGAAGGUGGCCGUGGCGCAGUUCUCCCAGAACGCGAGGGCCGCGGGCAGCGUGGGGCCCGGCAGCGGGGUGACGGCGGUGGCCAUCCCCAUGAUCCUGGAGCAGCUGAUGGCGUUGCAGCAGCAGCAGAUUCACCAGCUGCAGCUCAUCGAGCAGAUCCGCAGCCAGGUGGCCAUGAUGAACCGCCAGCCCCUGCGGCCGCCGCUGAACCCCGGGGCGGCCGCCGCGGCCCAGAGCACCCCGGUGCCGGCCGCCAGCCAGCUGCAAGGGCUGGCGGCCCACUCGGCCCUGCAGCUCUCCGCCGGGGUGCACAUGGGCACACACAUGUGGAACAACGCCCCCGCGAGGCGUGGCCGCCGCCUGUCAGUGGAAAACCCCAUGGCUCUGCUAGGUGGCGACGCUCUGAAGUUUUCGGAAAUGUUCCAGAAGGAUCUGGCAGCACGAGCGAUGAACGUUGACCCCAGCUUCUGGAACCAGUAUGCCGCGGCUAUCACAAACGGUCUCGCCAUGAAGAACAACGAGAUCUCUGUCAUCCAGAAUGGCGGCAUUCCCCAGCUCCCAGUAAGUCUCGGCGGGAGUGCUAUCCCCCCCCUGGGUUCCCUGACCGCUGGGAUGGACAAAGCGCGCACCGGCGGUAGUCCGCCCAUUGUGAGUUUGGACAAAGCAAACUCGGAAACGGGAGCCAGCCGUCCGUUCACGAGGUUUAUCGAGGAUAACAAGGAGAUCGGUAUUAAUUAG